CUCUCUCUCUCUCUUGAAUUAUCUUGUACAUAAUACAAUCUUUUUCUUUAACAUUUGUUUGUCGAAAGAAGAAUUUUUUUGUUCCCCCAACUCUAGAAAUUAAAAGAAAAUUAUGUCCUGCCUUUUAAAUGGUGAAAAUGCUUCUAUCAAAGCUGCCCAAGCUUUGAGUGAGCAUAUAUAUACAUACAAGAACAUCACUUCACCAAUUCAUGAAAACAGCAUUUGGGGAUCAAAGGCAGCUCAAACUGUAUAUAAACAACAACAAGACAUCACUUCUCGUUUACAACAUGGUAUUCAUGCUGCUGCACUUGUUUCUUCUGAUGCAUUGAUUGCUGCUAUUCCCCAACUUUAUAAGUUGGCCUCUGAAAAAACAGGUGUUGUCCUCCAUGUUUCUGCUGAGAACAACACUUCUAGCUCUUCUUUUGCUGAUUUCUCUAAAGUUAUGGCUGUGCGUCAGAGUGGUUUGGCUCUUUUGAGUUCAAGUACUGUUCAAGAAGCUCAUGAUUUAGCUGUCAUUGCUCAUGUUGUUGCCAUCAAGACAAACACACCUCGUAUUGCUCAAGAAUAUGCCACUAUCAAGUUGGUUGAUUCAUCCAUCAUUAAUCAACUCAUUACCGAGCAAGAUAUUGAACAAUUCCGUCAGCACAAGCAAGAACAAUCUCAAUCUGCUUAUGUGCAAUAUAAGAACAAGGAAAGUAAUGAAAAGGAAGUGGAUAUCUAUAUUGCUGUUCAGGAAGCAAUGGGUCAAUUCGCUACUUUGACUGGACGUCAAUAUGCUCCUUUGGAAUACAACGGUCAUCCUGAAGCUGAAAAUGUGGUGAUUGCUAUGGGUGCUGGUGCUACUGUGGUUGAGAAGACUGUGGAUGCUAUCCGUUCUCAAGAUAAGGAGGCUAAAGUGGGUGUGCUUAAGGUCAGACUCUAUCGUCCUUGGUCAGAUACAGAUUUGUUGAGUACUUUACCUAGUGCUAGCGUGAAGCGUAUUGCUGUCUUGGAACCUUCUCAUGACUACACUUCUACCUGGAACCCUCUUUUCUUAGAUGUCGCUGCUGCUUAUCAAACUGCUGAAGAUAAUGAUGUUGAAAUCGUCAGUGGUCAAUAUGGUGUAGAUGCUCAAGAUUUCUCUCCUGCUCAAGUUCAAGCUGUCUUUGCUGAAUUGACCAAGGCUCAUUUUGAACGCAGGUUUGAAGUGGCUCGUUUGAGUGUCGAGAGUGAUCCUGUUGUCUAUAGCGAUGUCAAGCAAUUCAUUCUUGUGGGUGAUGAAGCUUUGGCUUUGAACUAUGCUUCAAGUGUUGUUGCUGCCGGCAAGAAUGCUCAAGUCUAUACUGUUGAUGAACAAUCCCAUAUCCGUGUCUCCAACAACGUUGGCUCUUUGUUGCCAUCCUUUGUCAGCCAAGCUGAAGCUGUUCUUAUCCAAAAGACCAGUGUCAAUGCUGCUGCUGCUAUUGAAUCCCUUGCCAAGAACGGUGCUGUUGCUAUUGUUCAAGACCACAUUGAUCAAUUGGCUUCUUCUACUAAGCGUGCUAUUGUCUCUGCUGAUGCUAAGGUGGUUUCUGUUGCUGAUCUUAAGGAAUUGACAACUGCUGAUCUUGCUGGUGUUUUGUCCAAGGCUCAAGCUGUUUCUACUCCUCAAAGCUGGGAUCAAUUGCAAGCUGAUGCACCUGCUGUUGUGGCUACCAAGACUACUGAAGAAGCUCUCCCUGUUGAGACUCCUUACUUGAAGAUGCUUGAUCAAGUCUUCCAAGACCGUCUUGAAAUUGCCAAUGCUGUCAACAGUGCCUCUAUCUGGUCUCGUGAUGAACACAAUGCUUCUGCCGCUGCUCCUGAAUUUGGUUAUGGUAAGAUCCUUAACAAAAUUCAACAACGUGCUCGUUUGAUUGAUGCCGUUGAAACUUUGAUCAAGGAAAACAAGGUUUCUGAAGAAGCUUACAAGACAUUGUCUCAAUGGCUCUUGGCUGUCAAGUCUAGCAAGGUCGAUGUCAAGGCCAUUAAUAAGGCUGCUGAGGCUGUCGUUGCUGCUAUUGCUCAAGUUCCUGCUGCUGAAUAUGUUGCUCAACACAAAGACCUCUUGUUUGCCAAGUCUCAAUGGUUGGUUGGAUCUGACAGCUGGGCUUAUGAUCUUGGUCAAUCUGGUGUUCACCAUGUUAUCACUCAAGGUGAAAACGUCAACAUGUUGAUUGUUGAUACUUUGCCUUACUCUUCUGAGCUCGCUCGUGAACAACGCAAGAAGGAUAUUGGUCUUUAUGCUAUGAACUUUGGCUCUGUCUAUGUUGCCUCUGUUGCUGUCUAUUCUUCUUAUACCGGUGUCUUGCAUGCUCUCAUGGAAGCUGAUGCUUAUAAUGGUCCUUCUAUUGUCUUGGCUUUCUUGCCUCAAGAACCUCAAGCUACUGCUUCUUCUUCUGUCAACCCUGUCUAUACUUUGAAGGAAACCAAGGUCAGCGUUGAUAAUGGUUCAUGGCCUCUUUACCGUUGGAACCCUGCUUUGGAAGCCGAAGGCAAGGAGCCUUUCAGCUUGGAUUCUCAACGUAUUAAGAAGGAUCUUGAAAAGUUCUUGGAACGUGAAAACCACUUUUCUCAAAUCGUUGCUCAAACUCCUGAUGUUUCUCAAGUUCUUGUGAGCUCAUUAGAAAAAGAUCUUCAAAAGAGACAUGGUGAAAUGAAGCGUAAGGCUCGUGAAGACUUUGCUAAAUUGUUGUCUGGUUUGGGUGCUGCCAAUGGUCCUCCUUUGACUGUUCUCUUUGGUUCUGACAAUGGUAAUGCUGAAGGUGUUGCCAAGAAGAUUGCUAGCCGUGGUAAAUCUAGAGGUCUCAAGGUCAAAUUGAUGGCUAUGGAUGACUAUGAAGAUGUUCAAGAACUUGCCAAUGAAACCAAUAUUGUCUUUAUUGUCUCUACUGCUGGUCAAGGUGAAUUGCCUUCUAAUGCUCGUGAAUUCUGGAAGGCUAUUAACAGUUUGAAUGCUGGUGAUGUUGACUUUUCUCAAUUGAACUAUGCUGUCUUUGGUAUGGGUGAUAGUCACUACUGGCCCCGUGAAGAAGAUACCAUCUUUUACAACCGUCCUGGUAAGCUUAUUGAUGCCAAGCUUGAAACUUUGGGUGCCAACCGCCUUAUUGAAUUGGGUUUGGGUGAUGAUCAAGACGCUGAUGGCUUUGAAACUGGCUUGGGUCUCUGGCAACCUGAAUUCUGGAAAUCUCUUGGUGUCAAGGAUGUUGGUGCUGAAGAUGAUGAGCCUAAGUUAACUGAUGAUCAAAUGAAGAUCAACUCCAAUUAUCUCCGUGGUACUAUUGCUGAAGACCUUAAGGAUGAAUCUACUGGCGCUAUCAGUGAAAUCAACGGCAAGUUGCUCAAGUUCCAUGGUUCUUAUGGCCAGGAUGAUCGUGAUAUCAGAGAAGAACGCAAGAAGAUGGGUCUCGAAAAGGCUUAUAGUUUCAUGAUCCGUGUGCGUAUGCCUGGUGGUGUUGCUACUCCUGCUCAAUGGCUUGCUAUGGAUGAAUUAGCUGACAAGUAUGCUAAUGGUGCUAUCAAGUGUACUACUCGUCAAGCUUUCCAACUUCACGGUAUCUUGAAGAAGAACCUUCGUUCUACUAUCCGUGGUAUCAAUCACUCUCUUCUCUCUACUCUUGCUGCUUGUGGUGAUGUUAACCGUAACAUCAUGAUUACUCCUGUUACUGAAAUUCCUGAAGUUCAACCUCAAGUGCAACAAUUUGGUAUGGAUCUCAUGCAUCACUUGGCUCCCAAGACUACUGCUUAUCAUGAAAUUUGGUUGGCUGAUGAACAAGUUGCUGGUAAUGCUGUUCAAGACUUUGAACCUCUCUAUGGUCCUACUUACUUGCCUCGUAAAUUCAAGAUUGUCAUUGCUGUUCCUCCCAACAAUGAUGUUGAUAUCUUUGCUCACGAUUUGGGCUACAUUGCUAUCAUUGAAGACAAGAAGGUUGUUGGUUAUAACGUUACUAUUGGUGGUGGUAUGGGUAUGACUCACGGUAACAAGAAGACUUAUCCUCGUCCUGCUAAUGUUGUUGGUUACGUUCCUGCUGAGUUGGGUGUCAAGUGUGCUGAAGCUGUCAUGACUACCCAAAGAGACUAUGGUGAUCGUACCAACCGUAAGCAUGCUCGUUUCAAGUACACUAUCGAUACCUAUGGUUUGGACUUCAUCAAGAACGAAAUCGAAACUCGUAUGGGUGUCAAGUUUGAAGAGCCUCGUCCUUAUGAAUUCAUUGACAAUGCUGAUCGUUAUGGCUGGACUAAGGGUUUGGAUAACAAGUGGCAUUUCUGUAUGUUCAUCGAAAACGGUAAGAUCAAGGACUGGCCUGAUUUCCAACCCAAAACUGGUCUCAAGGAACUUGCUCAAUGGCACAAGGGCGACUUCCGCCUUUCUCCUAACCAACACUUGAUUAUUGGUAAUGUCCCUGAAGAAGAUCUCGAAAAGACAAAGGCUCUUUUGGCCAAGUACAAGAUGGAUAACCUUUCAUUCACUGGUCUUCGCUUGAAUGCUAUGGCUUGUGUUGCUUUGCCUACUUGUGGUCUUGCUAUGGCAGAAUCCGAACGUUACUUACCUACUUUGGUUGGUCACCUUGAAAAGGCUAUUGAAGAAGCUGGUCUUAAGGAAGAUGCUAUCACUAUUCGUAUGACUGGUUGUCCUAAUGGUUGUGCUCGUCCCUACCUUGGUGAAAUUGCCUUUGUUGGUAAGGCUCCUAAUGCUUAUAAUGUCUAUCUUGGUGGUGGCCACAAGGGUGAACGUUUGAACAAGUUAUACAAGGAAAGUUUGCGUGAAGAAGAAAUUUUGCAGGAAAUCAACCCUAUCAUCAAGCGCUAUGCUCUUGAACGUAACCCCGAUGAACCUUUUGGUGACUUUGUUAUUCGUGCUGGAUAUGUUAAGAAGACGAUCACUGGUACUGAUUUCCAUGAACUUUAAGCUCUUUUUGCAUUCAAAAAAAAACAUUUAGAUCUCCCAUUGUUAUUACUAUUAUUAUUAUUAUUAUUCACCUUUUCCUUUUAUUUAUAAAGCAAAUACAGUUAAACUUAUGU